UUGGGUCGGGUGGGGGCGAGGUUGGCGAGUUUAUAGUACGAGCGAUGAGAAACCCACUGGCCUAAUAGCUAUAAAAGCUCUAACCCUCGAUCGAGCCAAAAACAUUUGUGUGGACUGUGCGAACGCGUAAGAUCAGAAUGAAGCUUCUUUGGGUUCUGCCUCUUCUGGUGGCUGCUGUUUCUGGCCAGGGAUUCGGAGGAUUCGGAGGUUUUGGAGGCGGCGGAGGAGGAGGACUCGGCGGUGGAUUCGGAGGUGGUGCCAAUCGCCUGGCCGGAGCCUUCCAAAACGCAGCAGGUGCCGUGCAGGGUGCAGUUAGCAACUUUGCCAGUAGUGUGCCCAAGGUGCCUCUGCUGUCGAAUGUCCAGGACUUUGGUGACUUCUUGUCUCAAUCUGGUAAGAAGUACCUGGAUGCCGCCGAUCAGGCUCUGCACGAGGGAGCCUUCGCCGCCACCAAGAACCUGGUAGAUGCCGGAAACGAGGCCUUUGCCCGCGGAGCUGCCACCUUCAAGCAGGCUGUCAAUGCCUUUGCCGAUCUGACCCACGCCGAGUUCCUCCAGCAGUUGACCGGUCUCAAGCGAAGCCCCGCAGCUAAAGCUCGUGCUGCCGCCAGUCUGAAGCAGGUGGACCUGCCGCCAAGCCCCGUUCCGGACUCCUUCGAUUGGCGCGAGCAAGGAGGUGUGACCCCAGUGAAGUUCCAGGGCACCUGUGGAUCCUGCUGGGCAUUUGCCACCACCGGAGCCAUCGAGGGCCACACCUUCCGCAAGACGGGCAGUCUGCCCGUGCUGUCCGAGCAGAACCUGGUGGACUGCGGUCCAGUGGAGGACUUCGGGCUGAACGGAUGCGACGGUGGCUUCCAGGAGGCCGCCUUCUGCUUCAUCGAUGAGGUGCAGAAGGGCGUCUCGCAGGCGGGCGUUUAUCCCUACAUUGACAACAAGGAUACGUGCAAGUACGACGACAGCAAGGCCGGUGCCCGCCUUCAGGGAUUCGCCGCCAUUCCGCCCAAGGAUGAGGAGCAGCUGAAGAAGGUGGUGGCCACCUUGGGACCCGUCGCCUGCUCCGUGAACGGUCUGGAGACCCUCAAGAACUACGAGGGUGGCAUCUACAACGACAACGAGUGCAACCAGGGCGAGCCGAACCACGCGAUCCUGGUCGUUGGCUACGGAUCGGAGAACGGACAGGACUACUGGAUCGUGAAGAACUCGUGGGACGACACUUGGGGCGAGAAGGGCUAUUUCCGCCUGCCACGUGGCCAGAACUUCUGUUUAAUCGCCGAUGAGUGCUCCUAUCCUGUGGUUUGAGGGGUGUAUCUGAAAAAUAAACUUGGCAAACGUAAUUUUGUAAUAACACAUAA